AAACCCGUAUCAUGAAAAUGUGGAGGCUGCUGAAUGAAAUCGCAAUAGAGAAAGAGAAUGGGUUUGCCUUGGCAACGAACGACUUCUUCCGACCUGACCUGAAGCAAAUUGGAAACAGCAUCUUCGAGAUCAAGAAAUACUUCAUUGCCGAAGGAGGUCGAACGAUAACACCAUCAAAACUUGAAGACGCUUUAGCAGAAGUGAAAGACUGCCUCUUAAGACUUGCAGAAAACCAUGCGUUUUUCUUGGGUCUGCAUCCCAAAGCUGAAAAAGGAAUAGACAAGAUAUAUCCAAAGACUGAACCAUGCUUCAUGUUCUUAUCAGAAACUUUAUCAUUUGCUCUGGAUUUUGCGACAUCAUCCCAUCCAAGUACUGUCGUGUGUGAUGUGUUCAUAGCCUUCCCUUCCAUGCCAAUCAUGGUCCUGUCAGUCGUUGAUAGGGACGAAGAUUCGGAGGAAGUGCUGGUAUACAACAUGUCUGUGGCAAGAGGUGUCAGAGAUAAACUUCUCAGAUUUAUGGACGAAGAUGUGAACUCAAUACACGGCGUGAUUAACACGUCGACUCUCAAGGACAGUGUCGUAUUCAACACUCGCCUGAAGACUCUGGCAAACGACUCCUUUCGUUUUGUUCCAAAAUAUUCAUUGCUAAUGAAUACUAGAAGACAUGAUAGGAUCCUCACAGCUUUUUGGGCAGGUGUUGCUGAAACGAAGUCGGUUCGGAAAGAAGAAAGUGGAGACAUUGAUGGCGACUGUCUGAGAUUUCUCACCAAAGAACAAUGUAUCAUUCUGGUGGAGAACAUCAACAGUAAGGACGUCGAGGUCAAGUGUAUGCCCGGUAGUGGAGCCACGACUCUGAUGCUGGAGGUGGCUAGGAGACUGAACAGACUGGGGGACACUCUGCUUGUAUGUAGGUCACGACAGGAGAGGGACAGGCUCAGGUUUGUAUCUUAAAAUACAGUCAACAAA